UUUCGUUAAUCUCUUUCUUUUGCGACCCCUAUUGAAAAUGAUUUAAUUUGAAGGGUAAUAUCUAAUUUUUAAAAAUCACACAUGCUGUUCCAGAGUCUGUUGACUAUCAAUAGUUGUUUUAAUUUAUGAGUUAGUUCACGCCAAUAUUAGUGAUGAUAUCUGGCAAAUUCAAUUCAUAUCUGUAUUUAGCAACUUCCCCUAGUUGAACUACAUAUAUUAUUCCAGGGGUUAGGGGUGGGGAUUGAAGGAGUGAAUAAACUCUCGGAAUAAGUGUAGGGCAGCCCAAUAGCCCAUCACUGUUUUCAGUUCUCAGAAGGCUUUGUUUGGAAUUUUGAGAUUCAAUAUAUAUGUAACUAAGUGAAUUAUGAUGGAAUAACUCAGUAUUAAAAAUAAGUUUUCAGACUGUUACGGGGGCACUAAGUGCCACUUGUUAAAGUUUUAGAGCUCCUGAAUGUCUCAAGCAUGCUAAGUAUGCUGGCAGAGGACUUUAUAAGGGAACACACGUUCUCCUUACGCCAGACAUUCAUCCCAUCAAGGGAAAAAUCCUGAAACAAUGCUUUGAAGUGUGACUUCAGCAAUAUCUUUCCUAUGCAAACUUAGGAGCUGUGGAAUGGCAGCCUGGAAUCUUUUCAACAGCCCCUGAUAAGUCAGACAAUUAAAAUCUGUGUAACUAGAAUGCAGAUGCAGGACAGUUUUAUCAUGAAUGCCUGAAAUUAGUUGAUUUUUUAAUAUGAUAGAAGAAGGAAGUUGAUUUUUUUUUUUAAGUUAUAAAUCCUUGCUGAAUAAUGACUGAACACUCCUGUGGAUAAGGCAGUUUCCAAGUGUCAGUGACAGGCUUUGGGGAGAUAUAAAAGUUGUAAAAACAGGUGUUCUUGCCCUUGGGACAAGGGUGAUGUUGGGGAAGGCAGUAUGUAAAUGAGAAAGCAGACUAUUAUAAGCUUUAACAUUUAAGAAAAAACAUAUAAACAAAACCAAGUUUAAUGUGCUACAAAUGAAGUAUGUAGAGACUAGAAAAUUCGAAGUAACAAAGUAUGAAUGAAGUAAAUUAGGGAAGAUUUCUGAGUCAGUAAAAUUUGAAAUGGACUUGGGAGGCUAUGGAUUAGAGUCAUAAUGAGGCAUGGGCUAUGGAGUUAGAUGAUCUUGGUUCAACUUGUGGUUCUACUUUUUACUAAUGUGACCUUGGGCAAUUUACUUCUCCAUCCUUAUCUAUAUAAUAGGUGUGAGCAUUCCAAUAAAUAAAAUAAUUAUUCUGUGUUAGGAGUAAAAGGAGAUAAAAGAUCUUCUGGGCAGAAAGUAUAGAAUGUACAGUGUGCAAUGAUGGUAUGAAUGACUAAGUUGUGUUUGUGGGGAGAAUAAAUGAGAAUGACUGGAGAGAAUGUGGGUUGGUCAAGUCAUGGGUAGAGCAGGCGAGAGGGUGGCGGGGACUCAGAUGGAUGCCAGACUCUGUUGGGUGUUGAUGAAAGGGUCAAUAGAGUCAUUGUAGGUCCUUGAACAAAGGAUGGAUUUAAUGAGAAGUAUUGAGCCCUCUGAUCCAAGAACUCAGGGACAAGGAGUCAGGCACUGGUAAAUUGUGACUCUCCUACUUCUCUUCUGGACCAUCCUGGCCUAAAGAGAUCAGCCAGGAGACAUAAGAUUCCUUGUAGAAAUUUUUGUAUUUACACACCUUACUCACUAUGUUGAGCUCUGCUUGUGACUGUCUGAUGUUGUACCAACCUGUGGGGAAGUCUCAAGGCUAUGUCUGGAUUCUCUUCAAGAGCUUAUGGUGGAGGCCUGAAUUUUGAUCUAUGUCCUCCCUACAUCAGCUGCCUGAAAGUACUUAAUGAUCACAUGACCCUGGACAUGGAUGCUGUCCUGUCAGAUUUUGUCCGUUCCACAGGAGCAGAGCCAGGGUUGGCCCGAGAUCUCCUGGAAGGAAAGAAUUGGGAUGUGAGCGCCGCCCUCAGUGAUUUUGAACAGCUACGUCAGGUCCAUGCUGGGAACCUGCCCCCACCCUUUAGUGAGGGGAGUGGUGGCUCCAGGACCCCUGAGAAAGGGUUUUCUGAUAGAGAGUCUACUCGCCCUCCCCGACCCACCCUACAGCGGCAAGAUGACAUCGUUCAAGAAAAACGCCUGUCUAGGGGCAUCUCCCACGCCAGCUCCAGCAUUGUUUCCCUGGCCCGGUCCCAUGUCUCCUCCAAUGGUGGGGGUGGGGGGAGCAGUGAGCACCCCCUGGAAAUGCCCAUCUGUGCCUUCCAGCUUCCAGAUCUCACUGUGUACAAUGAAGACUUUCGCAGCUUCAUAGAGAGAGACCUCAUUGAGCAGUCCAUGCUGGUUGCCUUGGAGCAGGCAGGGCGUUUGAACUGGUGGGUGAGUGUGGACCCCACCUGCCAGAGGCUCCUUCCUUUGGCAACUACUGGAGAUGGAAACUGCCUCCUGCACGCAGCCUCUCUUGGGAUGUGGGGUUUCCAUGAUCGAGACUUGAUGCUACGGAAAGCUUUGUAUGCACUAAUGGAGAAGGGAGCGGAGAAGGAAGCAUUAAAACGGCGCUGGAGGUGGCAGCAAACUCAGCAGAAUAAAGAGUCAGGGCUGGUAUACACAGAGGAUGAGUGGCAGAAGGAAUGGAAUGAGCUGAUCAAGCUUGCCUCAAGUGAACCCCGCAUGCAUCUAGGUACCAAUGGAGCCAACUGUGGUGGGGUGGAGAGUUCAGAAGAGCCCGUGUAUGAGAGCCUAGAAGAAUUCCAUGUUUUCGUCCUUGCCCACGUGCUUAGGAGGCCCAUAGUUGUUGUGGCAGACACCAUGCUGAGGGACUCUGGCGGGGAAGCAUUUGCCCCUAUUCCCUUUGGGGGAAUCUAUCUGCCCUUGGAGGUUCCAGCCAGCCAGUGUCACCGCUCCCCUCUGGUGCUCGCCUACGAUCAGGCCCACUUUUCUGCACUUGUGUCCAUGGAACAGAAGGAGAAUGCCAAGGAACAAGCUGUGAUCCCACUUACAGAUUCAGAGCAUAAGCUGCUGCCCUUGCACUUUGCUGUGGACCCUGGAAAGGGCUGGGAGUGGGGCAAAGAUGACAAUGACAAUGUCCGAUUGGCCAGUGUAAUCCUGUCCCUAGAGGUCAAAUUGCAUCUGCUGCAUGGCUACAUGAAUGUGAAGUGGAUCCCAGUGUCCUCGGAUGCACAGGCUCCCCUGGCCCAGCCUGAGUCCCCGACAGCCUCAGCUGGAGAUGAGCCCCGGUCCACUCCUGAGUCUGGGGAAUCAGACAAGGAGUCAGUUGGCAGCAGUUCUGCCAGCAAUGAGGGCAGCAAGCGGAAAGAGAAGUCAAAACGAGACCGGGAAAAGGACAAGAAAAGAGCAGAUUCUGUGGCUAACAAACUGGGCAGCUUUGGCAAAACCUUGGGCAGCAAGCUCAAGAAGAACAUGGGAGGCCUGAUGCACAGCAAGGGUUCUAAGCCUGGAGGGAUGGGAACAGGGUCGGGGGUAAGCAGUGGCACUGAGACACUGGAGAAGAAGAAGAAAAACUCACUGAAGAGUUGGAAGGGUGGCAAAGAGGAGGCAGCUGGGGAUGGGCCUGUAACUGAGAAGCCCACAUCUGAGUCUGUUGGUAAUGGAGGGAGCAAGUAUAGCCAGGAGGUGAUGCAAAGCCUGAGCAUUUUGAGGAUUGCAAUGCAAGGGGAGGGGAAGUUUAUUUUUGUUGGAACCCUGAAGAUGGGUCACCGUCACCAAUAUCAGGAGGAGAUGAUCCAACGCUACCUUUCUGAUGCUGAGGAGAGAUUCCUGGCAGAGCAGAAGCAGAAGGAGGCAGAGAGGAAGAUCAUGAAUGGAGGGGUAGGGAGUGGGCCUCCUCCAGCCAAAAAGCCAGAGCCAGAUGGCGGGGAGGAGCUGCUGACUGCCCCUCCAGCAGAGUCCAAGGCGGUGGCAUUGUCUACUGGCUACCCUGGUGGCUUUACUAUCCCUCGACCUUCUGGGGGUGGAGUCCACUGCCAGGAGCCCCGGAGGCAGAUGGCAGGGGGGCCAUGUGGGGGGGGCCUGCCACCAUAUGCCACCUUCCCCAGACAGUGCCCUCCUGGGCGACCCUACCCCCAUCAGGACAGCAUCCCUUCUCUGGAGCCAGGCAGUCACUCCAAGGAUGGAGUUCACAGGGGUGCAUUGUUACCACCCCACUUCCGCGUGGCUGAUUCCUAUAGCAACGGCUACAGAGAGCCCCCUGAGCCAGAUGGAUGGGCUGGAGGUCCCCGGGGGCUUCCCCCAACCCAGACCAAAUGCAAACAACCGAACUGCAGCUUCUAUGGACACCCUGAGACAAACAACUUCUGCUCCUGCUGUUACAGGGAAGAACUGAGGAGAAGGGAACGUGAAUCGGGUGGGGAGCUGCUGGUGCACAGGUUCUGAAUGGGGAAACCCUGGAGGGCAAGGGGGCUAAACAAAGAAAGUUAAGCUCAAUUAAUUGGCUCAUAAGACCCAGCCUCCAUGUUGAUGGGGCAAAUGCAGUAAUGUUUGUGUGAACCUGGCCAGAAACUUUUAAGUGUGUAUGCUCUGGAGAACUGCCAGGCUGGCAAGAGCAGGUCAGGGCUGGAUGGUGGUGCCUCAAGGGCUCUACUGGUCCUUUGCCCAUCUUGACUUAAUGGUACUGAGGAGGUACAAGCGGGGAAAGAUGGUAAUUCUGUGUCAUAAUCCCUUGGGUCCAUCCCAGGACCUAAGGGAAAGUGUAAGGGAAGAUUUGAUGUGAGGGGGUGGGGAGGUGGGCAGAAGUCUGGGGGAGGAACUGGCAAAGGAGGUUCUCAGUCAAUAAAAGAAAAAAACAGACCAAAGUUCUUUUAGGUUGGAAAAAAGCACAUGGUGGUGGAGUUGGGAGUGUGGAGGGAAACUGGGAAAUUAGUCAAAUUUUCUAUUGAGUUGAAUUAAGGUAGAAAUUUAGUGUUGGAUAAAUUUUUCCUCUUGAAGGAUCUGGAAAGACAAGGCAGUAACGUGUGCUUAUGGAUGCUUAUUAGGAGGGGGCUGGCUUAAAUCAGUUUAGUGAGAUGGGAAAGGGAGAAACUUAAAAGGGGAAUCUUCUUCCUCUUGAGUUUGAUUUCCUUCUAAACAGCUAUCUGUCAUCCCUUCUAGUUCGAGAGGAGAUUGCCAAUUGCCCCCUAUCUUUUUCUCAUCCUUUUUGAGGGCUGAGCUAAGAAGGUUGUGAUUUUUUUUUAAGACUUUAAUUUUAUUAAAAAACAACAACAACAAAAGUUCCCUCUGGGGAAGGCAAGAGAAUGAUGAGAAGAGCAGCUGUGUGUGUUGAAUUUUCUCCAGGUGAAUUGGUACAGAGGUGAUCUUUUUUUAACUACUAGCAAUAACCACAUAUUGGGGUUUGAGUGCGCCUUGGGAGGGGGGUGGGAGGAGGACAGACUUUUGGCCAGACUGUUUCAAACAAAACCAAAAACCUAAAUAGAGCACUACCAUCCUCUGCUGCUGUGUUUCUGUAGAAAGCAACUUAUUUUUUGGAAUUUUUUUUUUUUAAAGAAAAGAAACAAAAAGACCCCAGCAAGCAAAAACAUUUUAAAAAAUAUUUUUUUUUCCUCCUAUUUAAGUGAUUCUUUCUCCUUCCUCUCUACUUUUGGAGAAUGAACUUAACGUCCCGGCUUCUUUUGUUAAGCCAUAGCUGACCUUAAUCUGUGGUUAGUUUAUUAAAAUAAUAAAAAUACUUUGUAAGAAGAGAUAUUUUUGAUAAUAGGACUGAUGUUGAAACUUGGGGUAGGGGUUAGGGGCAAUUUAUAAAAAGGUAGAGAAAUAUAUUUUAGUGAACUAUAACCACAGAUCACAGAUUACUCCCAAUGAGCUGAUCUGUCUUUGGGUUUCCCCCUCCCCCCCCGCCGCCCCCCCCAUCCUUUUCCCCAGAGGGCGGGAGUGGGUCUGUGGACACAGUAGCGGGGAGCUCCUUUGCAUUUUGCACAAAGCACAAGUCUGGACAGCCUAUGCUCUGGCCAGCACCAUUUCUAAGAGCUUUAAACUGGAGGACCUAUCCUGGGCCAAUUUUCCCUUUUCUUUAAAUUUUUUUUUUCUGGGGGGAAAAAAACUCAACUAUGCAAUUGUAUACACUCCUGGGUGCAUAUGAGGAAGGGGAAUAAGUGUACUUAAGUGUCCAGAGUGUUAAUUGGGGCUAUUUUUCUGUAUUUGGAUUUCUCUUUUGAGGUAUGUACUCAUAAACCAUCCUGUGGAAUGUAAUCCCCACAUUUGAUCCAAGGCAGACAUGGGCUGGAUGUGUGUGUUAGGGGGACUCGUGUUUGCCCUGUGUUGCUUCUGCCCAAUCAGGAAAGUUGUCAUCCCAUCUCCCCCUUGGUAACAAAGCCAGCCAAGACUGUCCUAUUCAUUGGAACUGCUCACAAUUUAGAAAGUUUCCUUUCUCCUCAACAAACUUGAAAAGUCACUUAUUUUCUAAAUCUGAUUGUUGAUUUAAUAAUUUCCAUGGCUGUUAAUUCUUACGCUUUUAUUUGAAAACAAACCUGGUGUUAAGGAAGCAAUGAGAUGAGGUCAAAGGAGAUAGGUUCCAAAGGAGGGUGGAGGGUAUGUAUAUAUUUCUGGGCAGGACUGGGACUAGUGUGAGACAAGCACGCCCCUCAGGUUCAAAACUUAAGGAGAUACCAAAAACUUAGUAAUCAAGAUAAAUACUGUUUUAAUGCAGUAUUUUUAAAAAUUAAUGCAAAAAAUCCAUGAUAAGCAAAAUAUCAGAAUCUUAAAAAAGACAGAAUCCAACAGGACUGGGGUUAGAGUGAGGGUAGGAACGCUGAAUUGAGCAAGUACGGGUUGAGUCCUGUCUUUAUUUAAAAUUUUGAUACUUUAGUCAUUGUGGAUUUUUUUACAUUAGUUUUGAUUUUCAAAAUAUACUGUGUUAAAAUAGUAUCUUGGUUACUGGGUUUUGGGGCACCCCUUAAAUUUUGUGCCCAAAGUGAGUGCCUUGCUCACCUUACCCUGUUUCCGGGGUUAGAACAACAUUGGUGAGACCACCACCUUAUGAACUUCGUCCCCUAACAUGCACCCAAACAACAGGUGGCUCAAACCCACACCAAGAAUUUGCAUAGCUCACCUAGCUUUCCCAUAGGCAUCCAUCUAUAUCAUAGGAUUUUGGCCUGGACCAAUAGAAAUGGAAACAGACCAGGGACUUUCCCAGAGAAUAAAACCAGGAAAGUUGAUUCUCCACUGGACUGCUGUGUUUGGAUUUGACCUGUUAUUAGAUUCUAGUUAAUACUUUUGUUUUUAAAAACUGAGGACAAAUGAACAAAAACGGAAACCUUGUGUCAUGUUUGCUUUUGUUCUGAUUUAUAAAUGAAUCAAUCGCAA